AUCUUGAGGUAAACUAGAACGGCAUAAUAUCGUCAUUAAAUAGUUUCAGAAAAUAUAGUGUUUCGAAAUCCGAUAUCAAAUAUCGAUAUAUAGUUUUGAUAUGAUAUUCAGAAAAAGCGAGAUUACCCACACCUAUAGAGUUGAACAUUACUCGAGUUAACUGGACUAGAAUUUGUAAGUCGAGUUGACCAUCACUAAAAGAGUAGAGCAUGGCAAUAGUUAUUGUUAUAUAGUUUGCUUUACAUAUUUAUUAUUUUGAAUAUUUGAUUUGGUUUCAACGAGUUACCGAUAACUGGGACUUAAGUAAUAAAUUAUGAUUACGUUAUGUUAGCAAAAUGAUGCGAUAUAUAAUGUAAUAAUGUGGUUGUGCUUAACAGUGUUGGCUGCAAAGAGUAAUAAGUAGUUGGCUAGCUCUCUGGGUAUCUUUCAACAUGUGUACAAGAAUGUCAGUGUCAGUACAAAAGAUUACUGAACCUGUGCUUUUGGGAGAAGGUCCACAUUGGGAUGACCGCCAACAGGCUCUAUACUUUGUCAGCAUUAAACAAAAGACUAUUCAUAAAUAUGUACCAGCUAGUGGAGCUCACACCAAGACUCAAUUAGAUGGUCGUGUAGGUUUUAUAAUUCCAGUUGAUGGUACAACUGACCAGUUUGUAGUGGGAGUGGAGCGCAAAUUUUUGAUUAUCCAGUGGGAUGGCGAGGAAGGGAGCAAGGUUCAAGUUGUUAAGGAAUUAGCGGAAGUAGAUCAAGACAUCCCAACUACAAGGAUCAAUGAUGGGAAAGCGGAUCCUAAAGGCAGACUAUACGCAGGUACUAUGGGACAUGAAGAGUCUCCAGGCAACUUCCAGAAAGAAAAAGGCUCUCUCUACCGAAUAGAUAGGAGAGGAGUGGUAAAGAUGUGUGAAGGUGUAACCAUCUCAAACGGUUUGGCAUGGGAUCUCAAGGAAAAAGCGUUCUAUUAUACAGAUUCUUUGGAGCAUAAAAUAAGGCGUUAUGAUUAUGAUGUGGACACUGGAGAGAUUUCUAACAAAUCAUACAUAUUUGACUUCAAGAAAAACAAUAUAACUGGUUUUCCUGAUGGUAUGACCAUCGACACAGAGGGUAAUCUAUGGGUGGCGGUUUUCGAUGGAUGUUGCAUUCUGAAAAUUGAUCCCAAAUUGGGAAUUAUAUCACAGAAAAUUCCAAUACCUGCUAAGCAAAUCACCUCUGUCACGUUUGGGGGACCAAAUUUAGAUGUCCUGUUUGUAACAACUGGUAGCAUGCCGAUAAAAGAAGAGCAGGAACCGCCUUGUGGGGCCACCUUUAUGGUGACGGGGCUGGGAGUGAAAGGUCAUCCAAAUGUAAAUUUUAAACUGCCUUAAAAAGUGGUUUUUAUUUGAAAAUUUUAACAAUAGACUUCACCCGCGUGUAAUUUAGGGUUUUAUUUAUGUUGCGCGGAACCCUAAUUCUUUUUCUAAAAUGUAAGUUGCCUAAGAUACUCCUUAUAACAUCAGCUAUCUGCCAGUAAAAUCGUCCAUCGAAAUCGGUCCGGCCGUUUCGGAGAUUAGCCGGAACAAACAGACAGACAGACAAAAAUUUUAAAAAUUGUGUUUUUGUUUUAAGUACCGUAUAUACAUUCGUAUCCAUUUAGUAAAAAGCUGUUAACAGACACUUCAAUUUUAUUUUUUUGUAUAGACUAGCCGACCCGGCAGACAUUUUUCUGACCAUAACGGUAGACGGCGCGAUGAAUUUCACUCAGGCGAACUUUUUACAGUAUAAAUUUAAAUUUAUUGGUAAUCCAACCACAGGGCUACCUAUUAGGUCCAGAUUUUUUUAAUAUUCUUUUUAGACGGUAAACCAAUAUAAUGUAUUUUAAAUUGAAUAUGCGUCAUUUUCCUUAAAAAAUAUAGAAUUUUUGUUUAAUUCAAUUAUAUAUCGUAUUUUUAAUUAGACGAAGUCAACUGACGUUUACUGUGUUGUCAGUUUUUGAUGAAAUAAAAAUAGUGUUGUGACAAAGUGAAUGAUUGAAAAACUCCUGAAUUAAUGAAAUUGCCUCGAUUGUCUAGUGAAUAGUUAGUGUGCUGAACUGCCGAUAUCGGGUACGGGGUUCGAAUUUUAGUCGUGCUUUGUACAUACCAACGAGUUUUCGGCGACUAUGUUCCUAUAAUAUCUACCUAUACUGAAUACCGAGUGUUUUAAACAUUAAGGAAAAUAUUGCGAGGAAACUUGUAAGACUGUCCUAUUUUCAAUACAUCAUGUAGUUGAAACUAUAGAUGUAUAAAAUAUAACAAUUAUAGGUAGGUAAUGAGAAUAAAAAAAAUCGCUUAUUACAUAAUUUGUUUUUAUUCAUUAUCAGAUAAAAAAUCAUCACUAUCGCUUUCGGUGACAUUAAUUAAAAAUCUGUCAGUAACAUUGUCAAUCAUGUGGUCGAGACCAUACAUUUUGUCUUCUUUUUUAAUUAUAUGAGACACGCAGCUAUUCCAUUUUUCAGGUGUGAUAUGUUGAAGUCCUUCUUCAAAAAGUUUUUUUACUUUGUCAUUUUGAAGGUUUUGUUAUUUCUUGCAACAUAUCCUUUAGCCUGCGCCCAUACCAACUCAAUGGGAUUGAGCUCACAGUGGUAUGGGGGCAGACGUAAAACAAUUAUCCCAUGCUGCGCUGCCAUCUCGUCCACAACAUACUUAUCGCAAUGUUCUUGCUUGUGCUGCCGUACAAUGUCUAUAAGAGUAGCUUUAACCAUUGUUGCUUCGAAUGAAAUAUUUUUGCUCGUUAGCCACUCUAGUAUUCUAGGUUUAGUCCAAGACAUUUUAGGCAGCGAUUCUAGUUUCCUGGAGUGGUAGGGGGCAUUAUCCAUCACUACUACGGAAUUUGGUUUUAGUUUUGGCAAGACCCCCCUAAACCACUUCUCAAAGGAAUCGGCAUUCAUCUCUUGAUGAUAAUCUUCUUUAUUUUUUUUGGCUUCAAAUAUUAAUAAGCUGUCUUCUACGAAUCCUUCUUCCCCGCCUAUAUGGCCGAUAAUUAAUCGUUUGCCCUUUCCUGAAGGCUGUUUUAAGCCAGUGGUCAAGCCAUCUAGGAAGGCCUGGCGGGACGAUAACACUGUCUGGUCAAUCCAUGCCUUCUUCGGUGCAUGACCUUCAAGAUAGUGAAAAAUAUCAAUUAAUUAUUGAAAGUACAAUUUAAUGUAAAGAAAACAGAAAAUUGUAAUUACCUUCGUUGAUCCAGGUUUCAUCUUGGUAAUAAAUAUACCUUCCUUCCCUUCGAUACUCUUUAAUUUUUCGAAGGUAUCGCUGGCGCCAUAGAAUAAUGUCCUGUCUGUCAAUUAAAAUGCUGUGUCUUGAUUUUGUGACAUAUUUGAAAUUUAAAUGUUUCAUAACAUUUCUUAAUGUACUCCAAGAAAAAUUGGGUAAGUCUGGGUCUUCAUUGACAACCUUAAGAAUCUGUAAAGUAAUAAAAAUAUGUUUUGAGUAAGGAAGUCUACGCAAUCUAAUACUUUGGUUUUACAAAGAACAUUAUGGUGGACACAGAAUAUAAUGCAGUAGAAGGAAUAAAGUUUAAGUUACCUUUAUAAUGGUGGGUGACUCAUUUGCAUAAAAAAAAUUAUGUACUUUUCGCCUUAUAGCGGCAAAAGUAAAAUUGUCUAAUUUAUCUUUGAAACUGUGUUUCGGUCCACGUUUCUCGGGAGACUUAAAUUGUUCAUUUUCUUUGCAUUCUUUUAACACACUGUAAACUGAGGUCACACCAAUUCCCAAAAUGUCAGCUGUUUUCGAAACACAUUCUUUUUUUUCGGGGGCCUCAAUAGGUAAUAGUGAAGCAGCUUUUUCCUCAAAUACGUGUUUGUAGACGUUUUGUAUCAUAAGUUUUUCGGUAACGCUUAAAGCAAUCCGUGGUCUCUUCUUUCUUGGAGACAAGCUUUGGCUUGACGUGCUUGGUUGAGGAUCCAUAUCAUUUGUACGAAACAAUAUAGCAACAAAUAAACACAACAAUUACCACAAACACAACGUAACGAAAAACUUAACAAAAACAAUAACUAAACAGCGUGAGCGCAGAAAAAACAUUCGUGCUAUCAGACCAGAGGUUAGAAGCCGAAUAACAAACAAAAUGGCGACCGACGCGCGCGGCGUUGAUCGGUGUUGGCAGUAGUCGCCGCGCCGCGCUUUGUAAUAAAACCUCAAAAAACUGAUUGUAGUUACAUACCUACUACUAGUAACUUAUAUCAGAGCACUUUUAUACAAUUUUAUUGUAAAAUAGAAAUAAUAUUCUUUUAUAGUUUGAAAUGAUUAACUAUACACACUCAUUGUUCAUUCAUCUGAUUGAACGAGAACUGAACGCAUCACUAUUACUUUAAAUAUGGCAACAUUAUUUUACAAAGUGACAUUAGCUACUGUCAGUUGGCUUCGUCUAAUUAAAAAUACGACUAGAAUAUAGAAUUGACUACAGUGCCAUCUAUCGGAUCUUAGCAUAGCUAUUAACUAUUGCCUCUAUAAAACAAAUAUGAAUAUGAACUCAAUCGGUUAAGUCGUUCAGAAGUUAUAAUAACUAACCACUAUAUAAUAGAUGCAAUAUUUUUAUAAUAAUUUAAGAGAGAAACAAUUUAUUAUAGUUAAAAUAUAUUUAUAUAUUUUAUUGAAUAAAAAAAUAUACAUAUAAAAUAUACUCAAAUAAUUAUGGCAGUAUUCAAAGUUUGUUGCAAUUAUAUAAUAUAAGAUGUUUAUAUUAUACUUUGAUACUCGUAUAUUGUGAAUUGAAUCAAAUUUCUUAACUGUAAGUUAUACAAUUUGUGUAAUGUUUUUUUUAAAUAAAAUGAGAUGGUGAUAAAUU